UCGCGCCAUUGGAAAUUUCUCGAAUAUCGCGAAAAGGAUCUCGCACGAGCGAGAAAGCGAGCGUGCGUGAUUCUCGAACGGCUCGUCGUGACGCGGCCACGCGUGAUCAUGCGUGCGAUCACGAUGGCGACGGAGCUGUCCGAACGGGCGGAGGAAAGGAAUCGACCGGAUGCAGAUGCGACAGCACGAAUGCAUACGCACACAUGUAUAUAUGCGUAUACAUCGCAAUUCGCUGCACUUUAUCCCGCGUGUGUCCCGCGAAUGCUCCUUUUAACAGGACCCCUUGGAGGGAACUCCGUUUUUCCUUCGAUGAUAAUUCGAUCCUGAUUUUUCAAAGAGAGACAUCGACAGGGAUAUCGAGAAACAAUGAAGAGCGAGGCGCGCCUAAUUAAGGAUCCGGGUGGCUGCGGACGUGCGUACGUCACUGCGCUGUCAUCGACGAAGGGCCCCGGAGACAGACACGUUGUGUGUCACUCGCGCGUGGCCGCGACGCAGUGGGGCGAUAAACGAGGAGAAACGACGUCUUUAUGUGUCUUUGUCGUACGAGUGCGCGAGUGAGAUCCGCAGUGUCCCGUUGCAGCCUGGUAUCGUUCUCUCUCGCGCCAUCGGUGUGUUGGUAAGCAGAGCGCGUGCGCGGGAGAGAGAGGGACGAGGUGUGUACGUGAGGGUCGACGCAACUUCUCGCGCUCGAGUCUACUUUGCGCUGUCGAGGCCAAAAAUAGACGAAUAGGCGACGAGCGCGGCGUAAUCGUCGUCGUCGUCGUCGUCGGUGGUAGUGAUGGUGAUGGUGGUGGUGAUGAUGGUUCCUCGCGUGCGUUCCUCGACGAUGCCCUCGUACCGCUGAGAGCAGCGUAGAUUUGCGCUGCCACCGUCUUUGGAGAGGGAGAGAGAAAGAAAGAGAUGGAGGUACUCAAGACGUCCCAAGAAAUCGUCCACGAAGGAUGGCUCAUCAAAUCGCCGCCCACGAAGCUCUGGAGAGCGGUCGGUAUACAGUGCAUCGUUUCAUCGCUAGCUAUUUGGCCACCUACGUAGGUCCUGCGAGACCUGGCCAUUGUUUACGUUUGUCGUGGAUUCAAUCGAGUCGUUCUCUACCCUCGAGAAGAAUCGACUCUGGACUCGGGAGCAUUUUGGCUCGUCUGACGUCUCUUUCUGAGAGUUUUUUAGUUUGACAAAAAAAAAAUAACAGUUUAAUCUGUUACUUUGACAAAAAUACUUUGGCCUAACCUAAUUUCAGGAGAAACUGUCGUUGGAGAAAGCGAUGGUUUGCCCUUCGUCACAGUGGCGAAUUGCCUGGUCAAUACUUUUUAGAGUAUUAUACGGAUAGACGUUGUCGUAAACUCAAAGGUCGUAUUGAUUUGGAUCAGUGUGAACAGGUGGAUGCGGGUCUUCGAUUUGAAAAUCGCAAACAGAAGUAUCAGUACAUGUUCAAUGUUAAAACACCCAAACGGACCUAUUAUUUAGUAGCUGAGAACGAAGCAGAUAUGAAUAAAUGGGUAGAUGCGAUAUGCCAAGUUUGUGGUUUAAAAGCUUACACUCAGGACGAAGAACAACAAAUGUUUCAAUACGAGUCUCAAGAAUCCCCGCCAACUUCGCCCACUAGCACGAUCUCCGGUCCAUACAUUCCUAUUAGCGAGUGCAUUUCCGGUCGUCGGCUCAACGAUACCAGCUCCCUGAAUUCGGCGCUUGGACAGGGACCCGAGCAUUAUGAUGCUCCGAGAAGAUUAGCGCCUUCGCCGCCUCGAUCACCCACGACCACAGAUGCCGAGAGUGUCUUCACCGAUGACGAGUGGACAACGCCUGUGCCCGGUGCAAACUGGAACACGCUUCCUUCAACUGGUAAUUCGCACCAUCAUGAGAUCGGUUCAUGGAGCGUAAGGAAACGUUUCGGCAAGCUUAGAAUCGUUGAUUCCGCGGUGCCACCGGCCGCGGAUAAGUUACCAGCCCCGCCUAGACCGCCAAAACCACCUCACAUGUUACCCGAGAACCCGGGUCAUAAUUAUCUGAAUCUAGAUGGUGCCACUGAGAGUUCAAAACCGACUACUCCGGCGACACCAGCAUCAACAACAUCUGCUGCCACGACGACAGCGGCAGCAACAGGCGCUGUAACCGAUGAAUCCUAUGAUUUUCCGAGAUCUCAUCAACCACAAACGACGGUCGAGAGUAACGUGGCGAUCGACCAAUCAUCAAAACAUUUUUAUUCGAACGCCGCGCCGAGCACCGUCGAUGAGACGACCACGCACAACGUGUUUCGUUACGAUUUUCACGAGGACGAGCCGCCGAGUCCACGCUCUGAAAGCUCUACCACGGCGACGUACUCGAAUUUACCGAGUCCUCUCGUACGAGAUGGUUCAAGCGCUGUACCGACUGCCAUGGCACCACAUCCGCCAAUGGUAUACAGAGAGUUAAAGCCAGGCAGAAAGACGAGUGAUUCGAUGUCUGUUGUUAGUAAUGAGCCAUCACCAGGCCCGGUAAUAGCGGUAUGCGAUGUGAGUUCUGCCGAACACUCUCCGGCUGAACCGCCAAGCAUUAACAGAAAAUUGAAACCAUCGUUAAAUAAAUCGCCGGUAGAAGCACCUCAUUUGCAAUUAGCAUCUCCCCCUGGCAGAGGAAGAAUGCGAGCGGCGCCUAGUCCGACACCUCCAUCGCAUAUGCAUUCGACACGUCAUCAGUCUACGUCAGAUGAAGACAAUAACGCGUUUGAGGAUAAAGAGGAGAUAUACUAUUAUCAAGACCACAAUACAUUUAUUCCGGCGUCCAAUCGUCGCUUAGUAGUGUUGCAAUAUCUGGAUCUCGACUUGGAAGCGACGGAAAGCUUCAGUUCUUCGACAUUACCGCCCGCGCAGUCGCCGCCGAAUACGACGGUGUACAAAACUGUAGAUUUUCUGAAGACCGAGGCUUUUAAUCGUACUCGGCAACGAGUAGAGGAGGAGAGAAAGUUGUGCUCGGAUGAAUUAGCGUAGAGGAUAAAUUUACAUAUUACAUAUAAAUAGAUUACGCAGAUGUUGAAUACUUUAAAAAAUUAUAUAAUGAACUUUUUAUUAUAUUAUAUAGAUGUAGCAGGUCACGCGCGAGACCUAUUUUAUUUUUAAGCAUUUAGAUUAGCACAUUAGAAUAUGAUACUGUGUAAGGAUGUAGUACUAUUCUCAAUUGAAAAACUGCGAUAUCAACGCAGUAUUUAUCAAAAGACAACGUCUACUGUUUUUGCAAAGUGUGUAAUUGUUUAUCUAGUGGUUUUGCUUUAAAAAUUGCUAUACAGUUAAAAGAGGCAAUCAAAUGUUAAAACAUAUUGUAUAGCGAUAGGAAAUGGACCAAAAAUGUAAUAUAGAUAAGGGAAAUGAGAGAAUAGCAGAAUGAUGAACAGAAGUAACACUUGUGUGAUCGUUGCAUCGAGAAAAAAUCUUUUCGAAAAAAAUUUUUUAAUUACAUAAAAGUAUUCAA